UAUAGUUACAUUAUGUUUAUGUUUAUGAUACCAUGCAGGUUUUAUGAGCAGGUCGUCUUCCUUUCUCCCGCUCAGCUCUCCUCAAAAUCAGAUCUUUGCAUGGACCAUUCAACUCAUCAGAAUCGAAAUCCAAUCUUCAAAAGCCUGUUUAGCCGCCAAUCCGCCAUUCCCUCUGCUUCAUGUCAUUAAGCCGACGGGUACCCGCCGCGAUUCUAUUGCAGUGUGCAGCGAUGCCCCGAGAUUUAUCCGAAAACCUUCUGUGCUUAUUGUCAAUGAACCGAUUGAUUUCCCUCUUCAAUACUCACAAAAGAGGCCGUCUUUUCUUCUAUAGUAGUAGAAGUAGUAGUUGUUCUUCUCACAUAGGCGAUUUACAAGGAUUGGUCGAUCCGGAUUGCUCUAUUUCCGGGAAUGGAUGGGUAGUUUGUAAAGAAAACAAGAAACAUGUUGCUGUCUCAGCCAAAGACUUCGCCUUUUUGCAAGAGGCGGCUGCGGGCUGUAAUUCAUCCUUAAAACACGAGUUUUCUGAGGUAGCUGUUUUGAUUUCUGAGGCGAUUAGGUCUAAUUUUGAUGACUUGGAUGACCAGACGCUCAAGUACCUGCGUCAGUUUCGGGGAAAGCUGGACAAUAAUCUUGUUGUCGAGGUACUGAAGCUUCUGAAGUUCCCUGCUUUAGCGGUGAAAUUCUUCUUAUGGGCCGGGAGACAGAUUGGCUAUACCCACAACACUCUUACGUAUGAUACCUUGCUUGAUGUGCUUGGUUUCAACGAGAAGAACAGUAUCCCUCAGCAUUUUUUUAGAGAGAUUGAACUAGACGACAGAGAAGUGCUCGGGAGGUUGCUUAAUGUGUUGAUAAGAAAAUGCUGUCGAAAUGGAUUUUGGAAGAUGGCUAUGGAGGAACUUGGGAGGCUUAAGGACUUUGGUAACAGGCCAUCCAGAACUGCUUAUAAUGCUUUGGUUCAGGUUCUUUUGAGUGCUGACAUGUUGGAUUCAGCUUUUUUGGUUCAUAGGGAGAUGUCAGAUUCAGGGUAUUACAUGGACAAGUUCACAAUAGGGUGCUUUGUUCAGGCAUUAUGCAAAGCAGGGAGAUGGGGGGAAGCUCUUACAAUCCUAGAGAAGGAAGAUUUCACCCUUGACACUUUUUUAUGCACUCAGAUGAUAAGUGGAUUGUUGGAAGCUUCUCUGUUUGAGGAAGCCAUUUCCUUGCUUCACAGAUUGCGCUCAAAUUCCCACUUGCCAAAUAUUAUAACUUAUAGAACAUUGCUUUCAGGUUUUUUAAAGAAAAAACAGCUUGGAUGGUGCAAGAGGAUCACCGCCAUGAUGAUCAUGGAGGGUUGCUAUCCAAGCCCAUCAUUGUUUAAUUCUCUCUUGCAUGCUUAUUGCACUUCUGGAGAUUAUACUUAUGCUUAUAAGCUGCUAAAAAAGAUGGAUAGAUGUGGUUGCAGACCGGGUUAUGUACCCUAUAACAUUUUUAUUGGAGGAGUUUGUGGUGAUGGGAAAGCAAGUUCUGCAAAAAUGGAAUUGGCUGAAAAAGCAUACGAAGAAAUGCUAGAUGUUGGUGUUGUGCUUAAUAAGGUAAAUGUUGUUAACUUUGCAGAAUGCCUUUGCAACCUGGGAAAGUUUGAUCGGAUCUUCAAUGUUUUGCGAGAGAUGAUGAGCAAGGGGUUUGUACCUGAUACUAGUACGUACACAAAAUUGAUUGGUUGUUUAUGUCUGUCUUCGAAGGUGGAGGAGGCUUUUUCUUUGUUUGAAGAAAUGAAAAUUACUGGUAUUACACCAGAUGUUUACACAUAUACCAUUCUAAUAGACACUUUUUGUAAGGUCGGGCUUAUCCAACAGGCUAGAAAAUGGUUUGAUGAAAUGAAAAGAAAUGGUUGCACACCAAAUGUUGUGACUUACACUUCACUUAUACACGCCUAUCUUAAAGCUAGGAAUGUUUCAGAGGCAAAUCAACUGUUUAUGAGUAUGCUUGGCAUGGGUUGUCUCCCAAAUGUUGUCACCUAUAGUGCUUUGAUUGAUGGGCUUUGUAAGGCUGGUGACAUUGAGAAAGCCUGCCAAAUUUAUUCAAAAAUGAGAGGAACUUAUGAAGGAAAGGAUGUUGACAUGUACUUUCAAGUUAACAGUACUAGCAGUACAGAACCAAAUGUUUUUACCUAUGGUGCAUUGGUUGAUGGGUUGUGUAAAGCUCACAAAGUAAUUGAGGCUCAUGAUUUGUUGGAUGCAAUGUUAUCAUCUGGCUGUGAGCCAAAUCAUGUUGUCUAUGAUGCUCUUGUUGAUGGUUUCUGCAAAGUUGGUAACCUUGAUGAGGCACAAAAUGUUCUUGUUAGAAUGUCUCAGCAUGGCCAUAACCCAAGUGUCUAUACAUACAGUUCGUUAAUUGAUAGGCUGUUUAAGGAUAAAAGGCUGGAUCUUGUUCUAGAGGUUCUAUCCAAAAUGUUAGUGAACUCUUGUGCUCCAAAUGUUAUCACAUACACAGAGAUGAUUGACGGGCUUUGUAAAGUAGGAAAAACUGAGGAGGCAUAUAAGCUUUUUAAAAUGAUGGUGGAGAAAGGAAGUAGUCCGGAUGUUGUAACAUACACUGCCAUGAUAGAUGGCUUUGGAAAUGCUGAUAAAGUUGAUAUGUGCCUUGAGAUUUAUGGGCAGAUGAUAAGUAAGGGUUGUGCUCCUAACUUUAUCACAUACACAGUGUUGAUAAAUCAUUGCUGUGCUGCUGGGCUUUUGGAUGAGGCACUUGGAAUUCUAGAUGAAAUGAAGCAAACAUAUUGGCCGAUCCAUGUGGCUGGUUAUGGCAAAGUUAUUGAAGGUUUCAGUGGGAAGUUUAUAGCCUCGAUUGGACUCUUAGAAGAUAUAUCAAACUAUAGUUCAAUGCCUGUAGUCCCAGCUUACAAGAUAAUUAUUGGCAGUUUUUGUCAAGCUGGAAGGCUCGAUGAAGCCUUUGAGUUGUACAAAGAAGUUGAAGGCAGUUCAGCGUUCAGUCCAACUUUCAAGUUGAACACAUAUUCUGUCUUUAUUGAGGCCCUAUGUUUAGCAUCCAAGGUUGAUAAAGCAUUUCAAUUGUAUAGUGAUAUGACAUUGAGGGGUCAUAUUCCAGAAUUGAUGCUUCUGUUUAGCCUUUUUAAGGGACUUCUUUGUGUUGGCAAGUGGGAAGAAGUAUUGCAGCUCUCAUAUAGCAUAUGCCAUAUGGGCAUUUGUUGGGUUGAAGAAGAAAGCUCAGAUGUGGGCUAGAAUUGUUUUUUAGCCCAUCAUACUCUGCCUUUGUAUCAGUGCCUUCAACAUGGAGUUUUCCUGGAUUAGACCUUGAUUGGAAGGAGCAAAAUAAUGCAUUAGGCAACCAAGCAUACUUUAAGGCUCGAGCUAAUUCUUGAAUUGCUACAAAUCUAUUGGCAGUCUUCUGUGAGAUGCUAGCUGUUUUCUCUUGGCUUGGUUCAUUUUAAUUUUUACAGCUAACCGAUGCACGGUCCUUUAGGUGUAAGAAAUUUCAGAUUGGCUCAUGUUCUCAGACAGAGAUCGUAGCUCAGGAUCAUUUGAACAAAAGUGCUGUUGGUUUUCUUUAUUUCUGGGAUUCAAUAAAUAUACUUGAAUGGUGAUCUGAAGUUGAAGUGAACAAGCACCUGUGGUUGCCAGAAGUGUUUUUGAGAGGUUUGAAUUGGCUGAUAAGCUCUGUGGAGAUCUUUUUCAGAGCAGAAGAUGGUAGCUAAAGGUUUUCUUGCCAUGCCAGCGCCUUGAGCAAUGACUCCUUUGCCAUUUUAGCUGUCUGAAAGGGUGUUUAGAGGAAUUGAGCAGGAUACGCCUGCUUGGCCUCGUUCUGAGGUGUUCUCUUACAUUCAUGGCGGUGCUUUCAAUAUUGAGACAUGGAGCAUGGGAAGCUUAGAUUUAUCUUUGUUGUUUUGUAUGGUUGAACCGUGAGUCUCUGAAAACCAGCGCCAGUGCUCUUAUUUUUUGGAUAUGUUAACCGGUUCUUAGAUCUAUUAAAAGCUUGGA